AUGGCAGAUGCCUUUAUACGUGUAUUUCCUGGUAAAGUGUGUACUGAUAUGAAGGCCCGUAUUAUGGGACCAAACUUCCAACCCGAAAAGAAAGAGGAUUUGUAUGAGAAAGCUAUUCAACGUACUAUCUCGAUGAUGGAUCGUUACGUUGAAGCCAUUAAAGAUGCACCUUCUAGUAACAAUUGUAGACUUGUCGGUGUUUAUCAAUUUUUGGUCAAAACAGGUACCAUUACUACGUUUAAGGAUGCACAUAAUAUGAAAGUUAUGAAAUUCUCGGUUUCUCCUGUUGUACGUGUAGCAGUUGAACCCAAGAAUCCUGCAGAUUUGCCAAAAUUAGUUGAAGGUUCGAAACGUCUUUCUAAGUUGGAUCCUAUGGUGCAAUGUAUCAUCGAAGAAUCUGGAGAGCACAUUAUUGCUGGUGCUGGUGAACUUCACCUUGAAACCUGUUUGAAAGAUCUUGAAGAAGAUCACGCCUGUAUACCAAUUAAAAAGUCUAAUCCUGUCGUAUCAUACAGAGAAACUAUUGCGGAACAUACUAAUCAGAUGUCUUGUCCAAUGCCUGAUGGUCUUGCCAAAGAUAUUGACAAUGGUGAAGUUUUGUUUAAGAAGAGGAAUUCUUCAAUAGGGUUGAUGCUUUAG